CCCGGCCCGCAGAGGAUGUACAAGCAGUCGAUGGCCCAGCGCGCCCGCACCAUGGCCCUCUACAACCCCAUCCCCGUGCGCCAGAACUGCCUCACCGUCAACCGCUCGCUCUUCCUCUUCGGCGAGGACAACGUGGUGAGGAAGUACGCCAAGAAGAUCACCGAGUGGCCUCCCUUCGAGUACAUGAUCCUGGCCACCAUCAUCGCCAACUGCAUCGUGCUGGCGCUGGAGCAGCACCUGCCCGACGAGGACAAGACGCCCAUGUCGGAGCGGCUGGACGACACGGAGCCCUACUUCAUCGGCAUCUUCUGCUUCGAGGCCGGCAUCAAGAUCAUCGCGCUGGGCUUCGCCUUCCACAAGGGCUCCUACCUGCGCAACGGCUGGAACGUCAUGGACUUCGUGAGCAACGAUGCCUCAGGGAACACUUGGAACUGGCUCUACUUCAUCCCCCUCAUCAUCAUCGGCUCCUUUUUUAUGCUGAACCUGGUUCUGGGGGUGCUGUCCGGGUACUGGGCUUCCCUGCGGAACCUCGUGGUCUCCCUGCUGAACUCCAUGAAGUCCAUCAUCAGCCUCCUCUUCCUCCUCUUCCUCUUCAUUGUCGUCUUUGCCCUCUUGGGGAUGCAGCUCUUUGGGGGGCAGUUCAACUUCGAUGACGGGACGCCUCCCACCAACUUCGACACCUUCCCGGCCGCCAUAAUGACCGUUUUCCAGAUCCUGACGGGCGAGGACUGGAACGCCGUCAUGUACGACGGCAUCAAGUCGCAGGGCGGCGUCAAGGGCGGCAUGGUCUUCUCCGUCUACUUCAUCGUCCUCACCCUCUUCGGCAACUACACCCUGCUGAAUGUCUUCCUGGCUAUCGCGGUGGACAACCUGGCCAACGCGCAGGAGCUCACCAAGGACGAGCAGGAGGAGGAGGAGGCCGCCAACCAGAAGCUGGCGCUGCAGAAGGUCCUGCGCUACUUCGACUACGUCUUCACGGGCGUCUUCACCUUCGAGAUGGUGAUCAAGAUGGUGGACCUGGGGCUGGUGCUGCACCAAGGCGCCUAUUUCCGGGACCUCUGGAACAUCCUGGACUUCAUCGUGGUCAGCGGGGCCCUGGUGGCCUUCGCCUUCACGAGCAGCUCACGCGGGAGCAGCAAGGGGAAGGACAUCAACACCAUCAAGUCCCUCCGCGUGCUCCGCGUGCUCCGGCCCCUCAAGACCAUCAAGAGGCUCCCGAAGCUCAAGGCCGUCUUCGACUGCGUGGUGAACUCGCUGAAGAACGUCCUCAACAUCCUCAUCGUCUACAUGCUCUUCAUGUUCAUCUUCGCCGUGGUGGCCGUGCAGCUCUUCAAGGGCAAGUUCUUCUACUGCACCGACGAGUCCAAGGAGUUCGAGAAGGACUGCAGGGGGGAGUACCUGGUCUACGAGAAGGACAACGAGGUGAAGGCGCAGAAGCGGGAGUGGAAGAAGUACGACUUCCACUACGACAAYGUGCUCUGGGCGCUGCUCACGCUCUUCACGGUCUCUACGGGAGAAGGAUGGCCCCAGGUCCUCAAGCACUCGGUGGACGCCACCUACGAGAACCAGGGCCCCAGCCCGGGCUACCGCAUGGAGAUGUCCAUCUUCUACGUGGUCUACUUCGUGGUCUUCCCCUUCUUCUUCGUCAACAUCUUCGUGGCCUUGAUCAUCAUCACGUUCCAGGAGCAGGGCGACAAGAUGAUGGAGGAGUACAGCCUGGAGAAGAACGAGAGGGCCUGCAUCGACUUCGCCAUCAGCGCCAAGCCCCUGACGCGCCACAUGCCCCAGAACCGCCAGAGCUUCCAGUACCGCAUGUGGCAGUUCGUGGUGUCCCCUCCCUUCGAGUACACCAUCAUGGCCAUGAUCGCCCUCAACACCAUCGUCCUCAUGAUGAAGUUCUACGACGCCUCGGACGCCUACGAGAACGUGCUCAAGAUGUUCAACAACGUCUUCACCUCCCUCUUCUCCCUCGAGUGUCUGCUCAAGAUCAUGGCCUUUGGGGUGCUGAACUACUUCCGCGAUGCCUGGAAUAUCUUUGAUUUCGUCACCGUCCUGGGGAGCAUCACGGACAUCCUGGUGACCGAGUUUGGGAACAACUUCAUCAACCUGAGCUUCCUGCGGCUGUUCCGGGCGGCGCGGCUCAUCAAGCUGCUGCGCCAGGGCUACACCAUCCGCAUCCUGCUCUGGACCUUCGUGCAGUCCUUCAAGGCGCUGCCCUACGUGUGCCUGCUCAUCGCCAUGCUCUUCUUCAUCUACGCCAUCAUCGGCAUGCAGGUGUUCGGCAACAUCGGCAUCGAGGACGAGGACGACGAGUCGGCCAUCACGCAGCACAACAACUUCCGCACCUUCUUCCAGGCGCUCAUGCUGCUCUUCCGGAGCGCCACCGGCGAGGCCUGGCACGAGAUCAUGCUGUCCUGCCUCAGCGGGAAGCCCUGCGACGAGAACUCGGGCAUCAAGGAGCGCGAGUGCGGCAACGAGUUCGCCUACUUCUACUUCGUCUCCUUCAUCUUCCUCUGCUCCUUCCUGAUGCUGAACCUCUUCGUCGCCGUCAUCAUGGACAACUUCGAGUACCUGACGCGCGACUCGUCCAUCCUGGGCCCCCACCACCUGGACGAGUACGUGCGCGUGUGGGCCGAGUACGACCCCGCCGCCUGCGGCCGCAUUCACUAUAAGGACAUGUACAGUUUAUUGCGCGUGAUCUCGCCCCCCCUGGGCUUGGGCAAGAAAUGCCCCCAUAGGGUUGCUUGCAAGGUUGGACUUACACUAAAACCUGCGGAGCAUCCCGGAAUGAAUGGCGCUUUCUGGAUCCUGGGAUAUAUAUAUGAUAAAGAGCUAUCUAUAUAUAUAUGCGGACACAUACACGGCCCCCCCUUGCCCUGCACAGCCCCCCCGAACCGGACCCCGCUGAUGUUCCAGCGCAUGGAGCCACCAUCCCCGACGCAGGACGGGGGUCCAGGGCCGGACACGGUGGCCUCCGCCGAGCCGCCGGGCGGGAUGGCUGCACACGACGGUGGCCUCAAGGAGAGCCAGUCGUGGGUCACGCAGCGCGCCCAGGAGAUGUUCCAGAAAACGGGCACCUGGAGCCCCGAGCGGGGGCACCCCGAGGACGUCCCCAACAGCCGCCCCAACUCGCAGGCGGUGGAGAUGCGCGACAUGGCCAAGGACGGCUACUCGGACAGCGACUACCUGCCCAUGGAGGGGCACGGCCGGGCCGCCUCCAUGCCGCGGCUCCCCGCCGAAAACCAG